AUAGCUCAUCCUCUUUCUUCUCCGCUCAAUCCAUCUCAUCCUAAACCAAAUCCACCACCACUGCUGUCAUCCCCUCCUCUUUCGACGCCCACAGCCACCGCCGUAAACCUCACAACGCCACAACCCCUUGUUCUUUUAGAAAUUCCGAAAAUCCCAUUGCACCACCGCCCCAAAUCCUGCCAGAAACACUGCUGCCCUCUACAGUCACGAGAAAUUUCUAGUAAUAAGGAAAAAAUUUAGCCUCAUGUAACUGGUAAACCUAGCUCAAUUCGUUGUCUACCUUUCCUUUUCUGGGUUUUCUCCAGUUGCAUACAUGGCUGCACCAUCCCCAGCCCUAACUAGUAACAGCUCUGACGCCGUUCAUACUGCCGCCACCGCCACCGCCACCACCACCACGGCCGCCGCCAUUGUGCCUUCGCACCGUACGGACGGGCCACCGAAGACACUCCGUGGUCUCAACAAACCCAAGUGUAUUCAGUGCGGCAAUGUCGCUCGCUCCAGGUGUCCCUACCAGUCAUGCAAAAGUUGCUGCUCAAAAGCUCAAAAUCCAUGCCAUAUUCACGUUUUGAAAGCAAAUGCGACUUUUCCAGAGAAGGCACCAGCUUCAAGCAGUACUCUUUUUGAUCAUCAGUCAACUGAAGCGUCUCCUGCAUCGAGUUCACUAAGGGUUGCAUCACUUCGACAACUUUCUAACAAUUUUUCUCAAUUCAACAAUUUGCAUGCUUCCCGAUCAAGGAAGCCAUUAACCAGAAAGGAAGCUGCAGCUAUAAAUGAAUGGAGGUUUUCCAAGCUAAAGGAAUACAGGGAAAGAAACAUUGAAGUCGAAAAUGAAGCUUUUGGCCGGUACAUGCAGAAUAUUAACUUAUUGGAGGAGGUAUUUUCUGUGAAGUCUAUUUUAGAGAGCUCCGAAAAAGGAUCCACAGAGGACACUUCCCUUUCAUCGAAUCCCAACGAUGCUUCUGCAGAAGUUGACACAAAAAAGUUGAUGGCAGGGCAGAAGUUGAAGCUUAGGUCGAGUCCUACAAAAAGUGAGAAUGUUCGAAAAAGGAUACAAGAAAUUGUUGAUGCGGGUUUAAAGAAGCUUCAGAAACGGGAGUUUAAUGAUGGUGUUAACCUGAAUGGUGAUGAUGAGCUUGAUAAAAGGUCAGAAAAGGCAAAAAGUUUGCGGGCUGACAGGGCUUCAGCUUUAAAUGAUCUUAUUGAGAAAUUGAACAAAGCCCGAAAUGAAGAGGAUCUAACAUCUUGCCUGGACAUGAAAGCCCAGCUGUACAGUCACCAUGGUCAAACAGAAACCAGAGAUGUGGAGGUAUCCAUUGAAGGGAGUGCCAUUAAUAACUUGUCACCUACAAAAGAAUUGGAUUAUCUUUCGCAAAAAUUGUUUAGAACGGUGGAAAUUGAUCAGGAAUCUCUCAACAGCGUUAGUGCACAUUUCUCUUCCCUACAAAAAAUAGCAAAUUUAUGAUAUGUGAUUGGAUAUCCCAUAGAUAAUGUGAGUUUAGAUCAAGUUUAACUAGAAUAUUUUGAGUUUGUGCUAGAAUACUGUGAUCCAACCUCAUUACUUUCAUCCUUCGAUGCAAUCAACCCAUUGUAGAAUGCUUAAUUUGAAAAUUGUCCCCAAUUUCUUCAUCCUUAAACUGUGUUAUUGCUCAGUUCAAUGUGAAAAGGCUAUGGCAUAGUUUGUUUC